ACAGGAUUACAGCCAAGACUUCCCUGCAUUUUCUGCCAAAAUCUGUGUAAGAUUUAAAACACAUGCUCCAGCAAGCUUCCAUGUGAGUUGUGAAAAAAGAAUCUCGGACUUGGGUUCCAGCUUUUCUGUAGCUGCAAACAUUGUUGGUCACACUACCUCUUUACAAAGCAGCUAGAACCUGGGGCAUAGGGUGGAGAGAUUUUUUAAAUUUGCUGGACAUGAAAUGGAUUAAAAGUGCUUUCUCAAUGCAAGUGGUAAACAUGUCCACCUCCUGAGUAUUUUUGGAUCAUGAGAACACUUAAAUUUUUUUUCGUCUCUCUCUGUCUGCGUGAGAUUGUGCAAAAAGGUACCUUAACGAAUUGAAGUUGUUUCAUUAGAUUUUGAUCACAACUGAUUAUUUGUUCUUCUAUGUGAAGUCUUGGGAUUUCGAGAUUUCCUUCUGGAGAAUGCCUUUUGAAACAGUUUUCUCUAGCUGCCUGAUGUCAACUACUUGGUAAUCAGAGGAUUAAAAUGUUCAAAAUGUACAGACAGUGGGCAGUGGUGAAUAUUUUCAUGAUGUCUUAUCUGCAAUUGGUACAAGACUCCAGUUAUGAACAUGGACCAGUGAAGCAGUCAAUGUUAGAACGAUCUGAACAGCAGAUUAGGGCAGCUUCUGGUUUGGAAGAACUGCUGCAAAUCACUCACUUCGAGGACUGGAAGCUGUGGAGAUGCCGACUGAAACUGAAAAGUUUUGCUAGCCCGGAUUCUCGCUCAGCAUCCCAUCGGUCCACCAGGUUUGCGGCAACUUUUUAUGACGUUGAAACAUUAAAAGUUAUAGAUGAGGAAUGGCAAAGAACCCAGUGCAGCCCUAGAGAGACGUGCGUGGAGGUCGCUAGCGAGCUGGGGAGUAGCACCAACAGGUUCUUCAAGCCUCCCUGUGUGAACGUGUUCCGGUGUGGCGGCUGUUGCAAUGAAGAGAGCGUCAUCUGCAUGAACACGAGCACCUCAUAUGUUUCCAAACAGCUCUUUGAAAUAUCAGUGCCUUUGACAUCAGUACCUGAAUUAGUGCCUGUUAAAGUUGCCAACCAUACAGGUUGUAAGUGCUUCUCAAUGGCUCCCAGCCAUCCAUACCCCAUUAUCAGGAGAUCCAUCCAGGUCCCCGAAGAAGAUCGCUGUUCCCAUGCCAAGAAACUCUGUCCUAUUGACAUGCUGUGGGAUAGCAACAAAUGUAAAUGUGUUUUGCAAGAGGAGAAUCCACUUGCUGGAAUGGAAGACCACUCUCACCUUCAGGAGCUGGCUCUCUGUGGGCCGCACAUGAAGUUUGAUGAAGACCGUUGUGAGUGCGUGUGUAAGACGCCCUGUCCCAGAGAUCUCAUCCAGCACCCAGAAAACUGCAGUUGCAUUGAGUGCAGAGAGAGUAUGGAAAGCUGCUGCCGGAAGCACAAGGUAUUUCACCCAGACACCUGCAGCUGCGAGGAUGGAUGCCCCUUUCACACCAGAAUGUGCACAAAUGCAAAACCAGCCUGUGCAAAGCAUUGCCGCUUUCCAAAGGACAAAAUGCCUACCCACGGGCUCCAUGGUCAAGAAAAUCCCUGAUUCAGCUUUGUUCCCAAGUCCCCAUCCCUGUGAUUUUAAACAGCAUGCCGCUUUGCCAAUUUGCUGUCACAGUUUUUUUCCCCCAGGUGUUGGAAAAAAUUCACUUCCCAUAAUACCAGGUGAAUCCAGACCAAGCUUCCAUUAAACACCAGCUGAGGAUUCCCUGGUUCACUAACAGAUGUCUUCUAACUGAAGAUGCCUCUGCACAUCAAGGCGUGGAGAAGAGGGAGCCUGUGUAACCCUUUCUGUGUGUUUGGUAAAUGAAAAAGGUUUGAUCGUCAAGGAAUGACAAGUGCCAUGUGACUGAUUACUCACAGAAGAUGAGGCAGUUUGUAUAAUCUCUGUGUCCUUUGCUCAUUGCAACUCUCUUGUGAAUUAUUCUAAUUCUUUCUUAUGCAGACUUUGAUGUGUAUGAUGAGCACUGAUUUUCUGAUUACUGUUCAGCUUGUAGUGUUCAGUUUACCAAACUCCUGUCUGUUGUUUUAUAUUUAAGUGUAUUUAAAGAAAAUAAACACCAUUAUUCAAGCCAUA